GAUAAAUGAUCAUGUGACUUGAAUAAAGCCCACAAAAUGGCUGUCCUACGAGCUACCGAUCGUGGCUACAGGUUUCUGGUGCUAUUUUUCAACUGUAUGCUUACAUUUGGAUCUUACUUUUGUUUUGAUAUGCCAAGUGUUUUACAAGAUGUUUUUACUCAAUCUGGCAGCAAUUGUACAAAUUCAUCUGGCUCAAUUUUAUCUAACACAACAUGCAACUGUACAGAUUGUUUAGGCAUGUCAGACGCAGACUACAAUCUUCUUUAUGCCAUUUAUGCUUGGACAAAUGCUGUUGUGGUGAUUUGCGCAGGGUUUCUGAUCGACAAACUUGGCAAUAGAGUUGGAGUUUUUCUGUUUUCGUCUCUCUGUUUACUGGGAUCCUCUACAUUUGCUGCGGGGGCUUUCCUCAAGGGCACAUCAUACCUUCUUCCAGUUAUGUUGUUUGGAAGAUUGUUAUUUGGGUCAGGAAAUGGCUCUCUCACAAUUGUUCAGAACAGGAUAACUGCCUAUUGGUUUAGAGACAAAGAGCUGGCUAUGGCUUUUGGAAUUACCCUAGCUUUCUCAAGGCUUGGUAGUGUACUCAACUUUUUUCUCACUCAACGCUUUGAAGAGGCUUAUGGCCUACGUUGGACUCUGUGGGGAGGUGCUAUGUUGUGCGCACUGGGUUUUGUCUCUGCAAUUAUUGUGAGCAUCUUGGACCGCCAUGGGGUGAAAGAACUUGGAGACGAAGGAAAACUGAAAUCAGAAUCUAAGAAAUUGAAAAUAACGGAUGUGAGACACCUUUCAUUAUCAUUCUGGCUUGUUGUACUGUCCAUUAUGUUUUUCUACAAUGGAGUUUUUCCUUUUGUUGCUGAUGCCAGCAAAUUUAUAAAAACAAAGUAUGGUAUUGAUAAAACAACUUCUUCAUACAUAGCUGGAGCUAUUUAUGAUGUGUCCAUGGUUGUGUCCCCUUUUCUUGGAGGAUUGAUUGAUGUUUUUGGCAAGAGAGGCUACAUAGCAAUGGCUACUGCUGUCUUGACUAUUCCUGUGUUUGGUCUGCUAGCCUUCAGCUAUGUUCCUCCACUAGUUUGUACAUUGUGGCUUGGUGUCACAUACUCUUUUGCUGCGGCAAGCAUGUGGCCCAGUAUACCCCUAGUUGUAGCACCAACUACCCUGGGGACAGCUAUGGGCUUGACCACCAGCAUCCAGAUGAUUGGCAUUGGCAUCUCCAACUUGGUUGUUGGACAAAUACUGGGCAAAGAUGACAACCAAGAUAUAGAUGUAACUCUUCGACACUGGAAAUAUGUAAUGAUCUUCCUUUUAGGCAACACUAUCUGCUGCAUAGCUGCAACAUUUUUCCUUAAUGUGAAUGACAGACGCAAGAGUGGUAUUUUAAAUAUCAGCAAAAAACAAAAACUCCUGCUGGCCCAACAAGCUGAGCCAGAUAAAGAUAGCCCAGAGAUAGGCAGCAGUGAAGAGGACCCUUUGCUUCCAGAUGGACCAGGACAGAAAUAUUUACAGGGGGGAAAUUCACUCAACUGAAAACAUUUUCUUUAUUAAUAGAGAAAAUCUACACAGAAGGUUUUAAACUCAGUUACAGACUAUAUCUUGGUUGUCAGGGUUAUGUAAUUUUAAAGUGGAUGUGUGUAUGUACAUCUUAGUAAGUUAAGUAGAAGCUUGACUCAGUGUUGUUCAGAUACAUAGAUGUAUUUUGAAACCAUUGUGUGAUGUAUAAUAGUCCCUAGAAUCUGCCAGUCUAUCAUGGGAAAAUUUUAUUUUAUUAAUUGCACAACUUUUUAGCUCUGAAAUAAAUAUUCCAGAGGAGAGUUUUAAACAUACAAACAUGAUUAUGUUAUGUCAAAUAACAUACUGCAUUUUAGCAAUUCAAAUUUAAUAUUAUUAUUUAUAGAAAUAAGUUAAACAUUCUGAUUUUCCAGUAAGUGCCUGAUGUAAAUUUUAAAUUUUAUAAUAAAUUUUAUUGUUUUAAUUUUUUUUCUACAUAAUUGAUAAGAGAGCCUAAGUUUUUAUAUUGAUUUAUAUAUUUAUAUACAAAUUGUCAUUUUGAAUUCCAGCUGCACAUCAUAGUUUGUGUCAGGUAUAAAAAAAUAUUAGUUUGAUGUAUUUUGUAACAAUUUUGUGAUACUGUAAAUCAUGAGGAAUUCUGAUGUUAAUAUUUUUGAGUUGAUAAUUGUGAUAAAGUAAAUUAAAAAGGGGUUUUGUAUAAAUGAGCAUGUUUCCACAGACUAUAUUUGAGCUAAUACUUGUGAUUAAGUAUAUUCAACUCAGGAAAUUGGUUAAGACUGCUGUUAAUUAGUUUGGUAUCAGCUGAGUGUCUGAAAUUUUUAUCGAAAGAUAUGUAGGAUUUUGAAAAAAGGUGACUGAUGUUAAAAAAUUAAUUAAUUUUAAUACUUUAUUUUAAUUAGCUAUUUGUUUCUGCUGUAUUUUAACUCUUCUGAGUCUUCACAGGAUUUUUUCUUUUUAACUAAUAAAAUGUUUUUAAAAAAACCUCAACAAAAAACCUUUGUUAGAAUAAGCUGUUACUCCAAUUCUUUUUUUGUUGUUACUUUUCCACUAAUUGUUACUUUUUUUUGAAGUCUUAAAGAUAAAAAGUUGACUUAAAGUAUUCUUUCACUAUAUAUUUCAUUCACAGUGUUACUGAUCAUAAAAAGAAAUGGCAAUAUUUCAUUUUUUUAAAAAAUUAAUGAACACUAAUUAUUGUAGAUAAAAAAAUCAUAAUUCAGAUUGUGAUUUAUUGAAUCAAAAGGAAAAUACAGAAAAUUCACUGAUUUAUUUUGUGGUUUCCCUUUGGUAUAAAGAAAAUAUUAGAUUUUCUACAGUUUUGAAGUUGUUUUUUUUUUUAAUGUAUUGAGUACUUUUGAAUCAGUGGUUUAAGAUUUAUCAUCAUCCAAAUGUAAGUUUUUAAAAUGAUGAUGUAGAAAAUUAAAAUCCCUGUCAAAUUGUAAAUCUAAACAUAACUAAUAUAUAUAUAUAUAUAUAUAUAUAUAUAUAUAUAUAUAUAUAUAUAUAUAUAUAUAUAUAUAUAUAUAUAUGCAAUAUACAAUACUUGGUUUACAUGUAAGGAAACAGAAAAUUUAUGUAUGGUAACAGUAAAUUUGUUACUUAAAAUUUUUAUGAAUUACUUUGUGUUAGGUUUCAAAUAUGUUUACUUAACCAGAAAUACUUGGCAUGUCUGAUAUUUUGAGUAUUCUGUACUUACAAAGUGACUGCUUCCUUACACAAAUACUACAAUGUACUAUCUAGUCACAAACAAUUUGUAAAUGUAAUUCUUUUGGUUCUUAAAAAGAUAAACUAUUUUUAGCAUGCUUUCUGCUUUCUGAAAUUUAAUUUAAAUCAAAACUGCAUAAACUCCACAUUUUUUUGGGUUUUUUUUUUUUUUUUCCUGAAAACAUUUCGGUUCUAUUUGCUUUAAAUUAAAUUUCUAAUCAUCAAUUACCAUUGACUGCUGCAUUGAAAAUGUCUUGUGAUAUAUUAUUUUGUAAAAAGUGUAAAUGCAUAAAAAUUGGAAUAAAUUUUUAAAAUAUUCAUACAA